GGCCAUUGACUUUGGGACGACGUCCAGCGGCUACGCCUUCAGCUUCGUCAGCGACCCCGAGACCCUCCACAUGAUGAGGAAGUGGGAAGGGGGAGACCCUGGAGUGGCCCACCAGAAGACCCCCACCAGCCUUCUCCUGACGCCGGAAGGCGCCUUCCACAGCUUCGGCUACACGGCGCGGGACUAUUACCACGACCUGGACCCCGAGGAGGCCCACGAGUGGCUCUACUUUGAGAAGUUCAAGAUGAAGAUCCACAGCUCCAGCGACCUGAGCCUGAAGACGGAACUGGCGGCCGUCAACGGGAAGAAGGUUCAGGCGCUGGAGGUCUUCGCUCACGCCCUCCGCUUCUUCAGGCAGCAGGCCGUGCGGGAGCUGAAGGACCAGUGCCCGGCCUUCCCUGUGGCCGAUGCCAUCCGGUGGGUCAUCACGGUGCCCGCCAUUUGGAAACAGCCGGCUAAACAGUUCAUGAGGGAAGCUGCCUAUUUGGCGGGCCUGGUGUCUUUGGAGAACCCCGAGCAGCUGCUGAUUGCUCUGGAGCCCGAAGCGGCUUCCAUCUAUUGCCGGAAACUUCGCCUCAACCAGCUGAUCGACCUCAGCUACAGACCCCAGGCCAACGGACUGGCGCCUGACCUGCCCAUCGACUCCAGCUUCAGGCAGGCUCGAGAACAGCUCCGACGCUCCAGGCACAGCCGGACCUUCCUGAUCGAGUCCGGGGUGGGCGAACUCUGGUCGGAAAUGCAGACAGGCGACCGCUACAUCGUGGCCGAUUGUGGGGGGGGGACCGUGGAUCUGACCGUCCAUCAGAUCGAACAGCCCCAGGGCACCUUGAAAGAGCUCUAUAAGGCGUCAGGAGGUCCCUACGGGGCUGUUGGGGUGGACUUGGCCUUUGAGAAGCUGCUCUGCCAGAUAUUUGGUGAAGACUUCAUCGCCACCUUCAAGGCCAAACGCCCGGCCGCCUGGGUGGACCUGACCAUCGCCUUCGAGGCCCGGAAGCGGACGGCCGCCCCCCACCGCACCAACCCCCUCAACAUCUCCCUGCCCUUCUCCUUCAUUGACUUCUACCGGAAGCACCGCGGGCAGAACGUGGAGACGGCCCUCAAGCGCAGCAGCAUGCACCUGGUGAAGUGGUCUUCCCAAGGGAUGCUGCGCAUGUCUCCCGAGGCCAUGAACGAGCUCUUCCAGCCCACCGUCAGCCAGAUCAUCAAGCACAUUGACGACCUCAUGAAGAAGCCCGAGGUGAAAGACAUCAAAUUCUUCUUCCUGGUGGGCGGAUUUGCCGAGUCGGCCAUUUUGCAGCACGCCGUCCAAUCUGCCUUCAGCAGCUCCUGCCGAGUCAUCAUCCCUCAAGACGUGGGGCUGACCAUCCUCAAAGGGGCCGUGCUCUUCGGUCUGGACCCCACCAUCGUCCGGGUGAGGCGCUCGCCCUUGACCUACGGCGUUGGCGUCCUGAACAAGUUCGUGGAGGGGAAACACCCCAAGGAGAAGUUGCUGGUUAAGGAAGGGAAGAACUGGUGCACCGACAUCUUCGAGAAGUUUGUCUCGGUGGACCAGUCGGUGGCCUUGGGCGAAGUGGUGCAGAGGAGCUACUGCCCAGCCCGGGUGGGUCAACGCAAGAUCAUCAUCAACAUCUACUGUUGCGCCACAGAUGAUGCGGUCUACAUCACCGAUCCGGGGGUGAGGAAGUGCGGCACCAUCAGCCUGGAAUUGGAGGAACUGGACGAGCCCGGCUCGCCCAAGAAAAGCCGGCGGGAGAUCAGGGCCAGCAUGCAGUUUGGCGAUACGGAGAUCAAGGUGGCCGCCAUGGACGUGUGGACCUCCAAGACCGUGCGGGCGUCCAUCGACUUCCUCUCCAAUUGAGGUCCAGAAGUGGAGAGGACUCUGGACUGGCAGAUCAUCAGAAGCUGGGAGACACCAUUCCUCAGUGUCGCGAGCCGCCAUUUGGUGACUCAGAUUCAUGGAUUCAGCCCAAUCCGUUGGCCAAUUUUUGGGGUGGGUGGGUGGAUUUAGGUCACGAACCUGCCAAAAACAGCAAGGUGGAACUUCUCAUGGCCAACGGGCUGGUGGGGUGGGUAACUGUUGGGAUGCACUGGGUCAAAAGUGGGGAAGCGCAGGGAAUUGUGGCCUUGGAAGGGUAACUUCUAAAGCUCUUGAGAUCUGAGAACAUCUCCCGUUUCUUCAAUGGUCAUCUUGGACCAGAGGUCUUUGGCUUCCCAAGAAAACCAGUUAUGGGUUCUGGAGU